AAGAAGGACCCGAAGGAGUGCGAGGUCUGCAUCGCGAACCUCGAGGCCAUCGACGCCCUCAUCGACAAGGACGAGAAGACGAGCAAGCAGAGCAUCAUGGAGGGCAUCACGAAGCACUGCGGCGACCUGCAGAACGAGGCGCCGAACCCGAACCUGAACUCGCGGGACCGCAAGAUGUGCUACUACUUCGAGCCCAUCCGCGCGGCGAUCGCGCAGCCGUUCUCCACGCGCAUGCCCAAGGACCGCGUCUGCAAGCGGCUCAAGAAGGACAACGCGGAGAUCUGCGAGGUCAAGUACCCCGUGCAGGUCGACGAGAACAUCUCGCCCGAGGAGUUCCUCGCCAAGCUCAAGAAGAUGCGCGUCAAGGAGCUCAAGGGCAUCCUCAACGACCGCGGCGUCAAGUGCGAGGGCUGCCUCGAGAAGGACGACUUCAUCAAGAGGAUCGUCGAGACGAAGCACAUGUCCACGGACCUCUAGGUGCCGCCUAACAGCAAACCGCGCGG